GCCUCACGAUGUCGGGAUUGUUCAAGACAAUAUUCGGCAAGCUGGACUGCCCCAACUACAAAGUCGUCACAUCUACAGCUGAUUACGAAGAACGCCUGUACGAGGCAGCCAGGUGGACCAGUACUACUAUUCCCGACAUAGAGCGCCGCUCGGCGUCUAGCACAGGCUUCAGAAGACUCUUCAAGUACAUCUCCGGGCAUAACGAGAAAAAUGUGAAGAUCCCGAUGACAGUGCCCGUGAUUACGAAGGUAGAACCAGGAGACGGGCCGUUCUGUAAGACUGACUUCACCGUCUCUUUCUACGCGCCUUACGCCGACCAGGCUGAGGGCACGCCCAAGCCUUCCGACCCAGACGUUUUUAACAACUCACUUCCAGAAAUGACUGCUUAUGUUAGGACUUUCAGUGGGUACGCUAAAGACGAAGACUGGACCAAGCAAGCCGAGACCCUUGCGAAAAGCCUGGAUGACGCUGGGCUGAAGUAUCACAAAGACCACUACUACACAGCCGGCUACAACAGCCCUUUCAAACCGAUAAACAGGCACAACGAAGUCUGGUUCAUCAAGUCAGAUUAA